GAUAUUAUAAACGAAACUUUUUCCAGUCAUGCGAUUUGAGGGAAGUUUAAAAGUUGUUAUAAAUAUAAAAAACUUUUAGUAUUAAUUAUUUACAAUCAAAAUAGUGUCAAUAUAAUUAAUACCUAAAUUAUAUUAUAGUUGAGGUGCUAAAAACGCCUACUGUGUACUAAUUUUUUUAACUUAGUAGCCAUGGCAUCAGAAAACAAAACUUUGACACAAUUAUCAGUAUUGUUAACAAAUGAAGAACUAAAUAAUGCACUAACAAAAUGGUUUAGGGAACCCACAGAGUUUAUUCAUUGGGAGCAUGUCGGAGAAAUGGGAAAAGGUGAUUCAUAUCUAAGUGAUGUAUAUAGGAUAAAAAUACAUGGAAAUUCAGAUGGCAACUCAAGACAUGUACAACUUAUUGUUAAGACAAUCCCAAAAAACAUAUGCAGACGACUUACAUUCCGUUCUCAUGACUUCUUCAGAAAUGAAAUUAAUUUUUACCUAAAUGUAUUACCAGUUUUACUAAAAUUCCAGUCUAAUAAACAAUUGACUGAACCGUAUGAAAAUUACACAAAUGUAUUUCUAGCUCUCACAGAUGGUAUACAUGAUGUUAUCUGUCUUGAAGAUGUAUCUUUGCAGAAUUAUGGCAACCCGAUACGACAAGAAGGCAUUGAUUAUGAGCAUUGCCAAUUAACGGUUAAAGUGCUUGCUAAGUUCCAUGCGUUGUCUUUUGCCAUGCGUGAUCAAAAACCUGAAGAAUUUGCCAAAAUGAGUAAUGUAUUAACUGAGGUAUAUUAUGAUCCUAAAUAUUGGGAUUGGUAUGAAAAAUUCUGGAAACGUCUUUGCAUUACAGCUAUAGAUGCAGUUGAGAGGGAAUAUCCGAACACCAAUUAUGUUGAUAAAAUUAAAGAAUUCGCGAUACCAGAGCGAUAUCAAGAUAUGAUUAAAGCGGUAAAAGAUAAAACAAAUAGUGUCAUAUCACACGGUGACUGCUGGACAGUUAAUUUCUUGUAUAAAUAUGAAAAUAAACAACCAGUUGAUGCAAAAAUGAUAGAUUUUCAACUAACAAGGUGCGCUAGCCCAGUUUUGGACCUAUCAUUUGCUAUAUAUGCCUGCACUGACCAAAAUUUAAGGGCAAAACACUAUGAUGACUUAUUAAAAGAUUAUUAUGAAGUAUUAUCAAAGCAGAUAGGGGAAAUGGGAAGUGACCCAAAUAAAGUCUAUCCUUGGAGCACAUUUAUGGAAGAAGUAAAGAGGUAUUCAUAUUUUGGACUGGCAUUUAGUUUUGAGUCCACACCAUUUAUAAUUCUGGCACCCGAAGAUGCUUUCAAGAUGGAUCAUGUCACGGGUGAUGAUAAAAGGAACAUUGAAGAAUUUUGGCCCGUUACUCCAAUUAAGACAAAGGCCGGUAGACUGAGAGAAGCCAACAACAUUGUUCACUGUGUUGAUAAAGGUUUUAUAUAAUAAUAUAUAAUUUUAGAUAAUUGCUAUAUUCGUAAAGGUAGGAUUUAUUUAUGUAUUAAUUAAUAUUCGUUUGGGUUAAUUUAUUAUUAAUUAGCGGUUUAGCAGUGGCUUCAGCGUGCGACUUUCAUCCCUGUGGUCGUAAGUUCGAUCCCCGGCUGUGCAACAAUGGAACAUUUCAAUUAUGACAUCACUACUUAUGUAUGCUAUGUGUUUUAGAUAAAAUUAACUAUUAUAAAAAACAUACUAUUAGUUCCUGUGGUUAGUGCGUUUAAUUAAUUUGGUAUGUUUAUGAAUUAGGUUCUUUUAAGAACUGAACAUGACAAAUAGUAUCAUUAUUAUACCAUAGUACAAAAAUACACUAGUAUGACAUUGACAAUUGUGAUUAUAGAGACUAAGUUUAAUAAGAAUUCUUGGCCAUUUGUAUGUAAGGUCUUUUUUUUAAAUAUAUCAUCCUUUUUAUAUUUGUUAUUAAGAAAUAAUAUAGUAGAAAAUAAAUUGUAUUUUUCUUGACAGUAUUAACAUUUAAUAACUAUUACCAUAUUAAUUAUAUUUUUAUUAUGCAAUAAUUUUUAACUAGAAGAUGAGGUUUUUUUGAUAUAAGAGGGGGCAAACAGGCAUGAGGCUCAUCUGAUGUUAAGUGAUACCGCCCCGCCGCUCAUGGACACGCGACUCGCGAGUGCGCUGCCGGCCUUUUCCAAUUGUUAAACGGCAACGCUCUUUUCUUAAAGGACCCUAAGUCGAAUUGGUUCGGAAAUACUUCAGUGGGCAGCUGGUUCUACAUAGUGGUGGUGCGCAGCAAAAACACUCAGUUGUGGAACGAAUAAGAGCCCCGUACCUGGAGAGUAGGUACUGAACCUUGUCCUACAAUUUAAAAAAAAUCUCCUCCGUACUUUAAAUUGCUAUUUAAAUUUGUGGGGAAUUUCUAGUAAUUUUUUUAUCCGACUUGACCCGUCGUCGCCACCUACCGUGAUCACUUAUGUAUGCUCUCUCUCUAGGCUUUUUGGGUAAGAUUUACAGACGAGAAUUAGCACUUUUGGCAUACGGAGGUUUCGAUUCAAAAUCUUAUUCUGAAUUAUCACAAAUUAACAAUUAUUAAGUAACCAUUUGUUUAAAAUUAUGUAACGCACGAUUUAUGUAUCUUCUACUGACAAAUAAAGAUUAUUCGAUAA